AUGUACUACAACAGUAUUGGAAUCAGCAGGGAGCAGAGAGAUGAAGAAAAGACAAAAAUUGUCAAAGAGGAAAGAAUAAUGGAAGAAAAUCAAGCUUUGAUAGCUCAGGUUGAAGAAGAUAAACAUAAACUAACUGAUGAGGAGAUGAACAAGAUUCCAGAAGUUGAUGAGAAAAUUGAAAUUGAGUAUAAGAAAUAUACUGUUACAUGCGAGAUCUGUGCUAAAAACGAAGAUUUUUUCAAACAAAAACGCACAGUUCUUGCUAAAAAGGAAGAUUUUCUAAACAAAACUUAUUUAGAAGUUGCUGAAAAAGAAAUUUUUCUUGAACAAAAAUGCAAUGAAGUUAUUGAACAUGAAGAAUUUUUAAACCAAAUUCACUUAGAGUUUAAGAAAAAGGAAAUGUUCUUGAGGAAAAAAUGCAUAGGUGUUCUUGAAAAAGAAAUAAUUUUAAAUAACAAAUGUGAAGAGAUAGCUCAAAAGAAAGAAUUUAUGAAAAAUAAAUACAAAGAGCUUGAUAAAGUAAAUGAAAUUUUGAAACAAAAAUGUUCAGAAAAGUGCGUUGAGUGUGUUCAGAAAGUGGAAAAUUUUCAUGAAUUGAUAAAGCAAAAUGAUCUUUUGAAAUACGAUUCUCAGAUGAAAGAGGCAUAUGAUAAGAUGAGUAGUAAAACUAAACAUUUUAUUGACGUUAGCCGUAAAGAUGCUGAUACUAAAAGGAUACUUGAAGCUACUUUGGAAACUAAACAAAAUGCAAUAAAUAAGUAUCUUGACACAAUUGCAUUGCUUAAACAAGAAUUAGCAGAAACGGAAGGACUUUUCUUAGAUAAUGAUGAAGACCAUCUAGACUAG